CCCCUCUGGCCGAUCUCUCUCAACUUUCAAAAACCCUAAUAAUUCCUCGAAAUUUUCUCACCCGCUCUGGACUUGAAACAUCCUCGAAUAGAACAAAAGCGUUCUCAACCUCAUUAUCUGAUUGUUAUUGUUAAGAGGAAAGCGCGGUAAGCAAAUUUCGAUGUCUCAUUCAGGGAGCAAAACAGUUGGGGUUGAUAACACUUCCAGAAGAAAAUGGAACAAGGAAGAGUUUUUGGAGAGAGCUCGCGAAAGGGAGCAGGAGGAGGAAGAAGACCGAUUCUCGUCCAAAGCAAAAGCUCCGCCUGUCCAAAGAAAACCCUUGAAACACAGAGAUUAUGAGGUCGACCUUGAAUCAAGGUUGGGAAAGACCCAGGUGGUCACUCCGAUUGCACCCUUAAGCCAACAGGCCGGAUAUUAUUGUUCAGUUUGUGAGUGCGUGGUAAAGGAUUCUGCUAACUAUUUGGACCACAUCAAUGGAAAGAAACAUCAAAGGGCUUUGGGUAUGUCAAUGCGGGUUGAACGAGCAUCUCUUCAACAGGUCCAAGAACGAUUUGAGAGUCUGAAGAAGCGAAAAGAUACAGGAAGCUUUACAGAGCAAGAUUUUGAUGAGAGGAUACUGAAGCAACAGCAAGAGGAGGAAGAGAGGAAGCGGCAACGACGAGAAAGAAAGAAGGAAAAGAAGAAAGGGAAGGCUUUGGAAGAUGAACCAGAGAUCGAUGCAGAUGUUGCGGCCAUGAUGGGCUUUGGAGGCUUCGGUUCUUCUUCGAAGAAAUGAGAUGGCUGCAAGAUUCUUCACAACUUUGAUCUUCCAUUGCACACCCAGGGGAUGUAUAGAGAGCAUCAACACUCUUUGACUAGUCUGGCUUUUUACACAUUUAGUGGAAAUCAAAGGUCAGAAGGGAUUGCGGGAGUCAGCAUAAAUCACGUCAGAUCUUAGUUUCUUUGUAUUGUGAACGCCGUUCUAUUCGGGGAUCAUGUUUUAUUGCUGAAAGAGAAUGUUGUUUCAAUAUUUUGGUUUAUCAUCUUGUACCAAAGCAAAUCAAAUGAACUGUAAUGUGCUUAGACGUUCUAAUACCUUACGAAGUCGCUUCUUAAACAUUCUAUUGUUCAUGUGACAUAUAAAUUAGGAUUUUUAACUAUUAGUA